AUGAUGAAAAUAGAAGAAGUGAAAUCAACAACCAAAACCUAGAGAAUUGCACAUCACAGUCAUAUCAAAGGAUUGGGUUUGUAAGAAGAUGGAACUGCAUUAGAAAAUGCAUCUGGCAUGGUAGGAUAAUAAAUAGCAAGAGAGGCAGCAGGAAUAUUUGUCGAUUUGGUUAAAUCCAAAAAACUUGCAGGAAGAGCAUUAUUAAUGGCAGGACCACCAGGAACUGGAAAAACCGCCAUAGCCUUGGCAGUGGCCUAAGAAUUGGGAUCUAAAGUUCCAUUUUAUCCAAUGGUUGGGUCUGAAGUUUAUUCAGCUGAAGUUAAGAAGACAGAAGUGCUUAUGGAGAAUUUCAGAAGAGCUAUUGGAUUAAGAAUUAAGGAAACCAAAGAAGUUUGGGAAGGAGAAGUUAUUGAAUUAAAAACAGAAGAAAAGGAUGAUCAAACAGGAUAUGGAAAAGUAGUAUCAGCAGUAGUAAUUACAUUGAAAACAUCUAAAGGAUCUAAAACACUAAAAUUAGACCCAUCUAUUCAUGAAAAUUUAACUAGAGAGAAAGUUACUAUUGGCGAUGUCAUUUAUAUUGAAGCUAAUAGUGGAAAUGUCAAAAGAGUAGGAAGAUGUGAUGUUUACAAUAGCGAAUACGAUUUGGAAGCUGAAGAAUAUGUUCCAUUGCCUAAGGGUGAUGUUCAUAAAAAGAAGGAGAUUGUCCAAGAUGUCACUUUACAUGACUUGGAUGUGGCUAAUGCAAAAAACCCUAAGGAGGUCAUGAUUUCGUUUCUCUUAUGAAUUAAUUGAAUAAAAAGAAGAAAACAGAUAUCACAGACAAAUUGAGAGGAGAAAUCAAUAAAGUAGUCAGCAAAUACAUUGACUAAGGAGUUGCAGAAUUAGUACCAGGAGUAUUAUUUAUUG